AUGCCGGCUUUGAGGUCGCGGAGCAAACGCUUUGCACAGACGUCAGAGCCUGCUUCACAAGAAAAGGGAAAUAGUACGAAAAUCAACCAGUCAACGUCAAUCGUUACAAAUUUGUCCAGCAGGACUGAAGAAAUCACAGAUCUCGUGCACCAUGACUAUACCAAGGUUUCAGUCUCAUCCGCUGCGAAUAUCACACCUGCGGAGAUUCUAUUGCAAAUCUACUCCCUGUUGACACCCCGGGAGUUUGACAAUGCGCGACGAACUUGCUCCCAAUGGAUGAGAGUCAGCUUGAAUGCAGAUUUGUUGGAGACCAUGUUGAAGCGAGCAGGCUGGUGGGAAGCAUGGCAGCAAGAUAGAAUAACACGACGGCUUUACCGUCCAUCCAGCUAUGAGAGUCGAGUCUGGAGGAUGAGCAAACGAUUUGCGACAGAGUGUUUGCUGUCCGGGAGAAGAGAGACUAAGAAACUGGCUUUUGUCGCAACGGGAUCUGUCGAUUUCUCGCGGCUUGCUAGCGGCUUGCAAAGGCCAAAACCCCGUGGAGCUGUAGCCUCCCUGGACCGAAAUCUUCAUAGCACCUCGACAUUCAACGUCAGCAGCUGUGGCAGGUUUCUUUUGACUACGGCAGGCUGCGUGGUUUAUGUCUUCCAUCUCCUCGAUAGAAGAUCCAGAUCCAUGUCUUCGACAGAGCUUGCGGAUUCCAAUGUGAUACCGAUAACCGGUAUCUCUUGUCAGUUUGAAGUAUUAUCGGCGACAAUUGAUACAACUGUAUCUCCGUUUGUCAUCGCUGCCUUAUUACGCAAUCGAGCUGGUAUGGUCUGCGACUUGGACAUAUCAAACAUCGCCGAUGUUGCAUCCACUGCUGGCUCAGUGGAUGUAUCGGAAUCCUUGUCAUCCAAACCAUCCAAGCAUAAUCUAUACUCGAUGCCGGCCAGCAAUUCAACUCCACACUACUUCUAUGAUGUUUGCUCAGAAGACCACCCUCCACGAACAAUCGCCCUAUGUCCAGGUCGUCGGUGCGUGGCUUUCGGUUGUGCAGGAGGCAUCGAAAUACACUGGGUCGACGAAGAAACCCAGAAAGACCAACGUCGACAUUUUCCCAUGUCCCAGCCAUCCGAAAUCCUACACUUCCUACCAAACUCGCCCAAAAUACCGACAGAAAUGCGCCUUAUCUCUUCACUCGCAGGUCCCGGCGUCCACGAGUGCGCAUGUCGACAAUCCCCAUACCCCGACCAUCCCAAGAAAUGCCAAUUCAACUUCCCCGGCGACUCAAGAUCAACUCGCAAUCCCCCAAACACCCCAUCUCUCAGCCUCGUCCGCGCAACACACUGCCACCACUACCGCGCCAUGCCCAUAAAUGACGGCUACCACAUCAUCUUCAUCGAACCACGCACUGGCCUCCUCUGCAUCGGAUCCGACGCCCCAAUCGGCGGCCCAACAAGUCUCACCCGCGCCUUCGUCUGCAUCCCUCCCAACAAAGACCAAGACCAAACGAACAGGCCCCGCGUCCCAACUGCCUUCGCCGUCGCCUCAGAUCUACGCUGGGGCCUCCGCGUCGUAGCCGCAUACCAAGAUCGCUUAGUCCUCUACUCAAUCCCCUUGGACAUCCUAACAAUCAUCCGCAAAGAGCGCGAGCGCCAACAGGAUGGUAUAAUGGGAGAUGAUCCAGCACUCACAGCAUCCUCCUCCGAGCCCCGUCAACGCCGCGACAAUCUCUUCCAGCAUGAAAACGGAGACUGGGAAUUUCUCCUGAGUGCACGCUCCAAACCACCCGCUACGAUGUGGCCGUUCAAAACGCAUGGUAUGGAAAUCGGCUACAUGGACAAUAUCGUCGAACUCGCUCUACAGUCCUCAAAUGGAGGUGCACGCAUCUGGGCCUUUGAUUCAUCUGGCCAUGCACGGAUAUUCGAUAUCAAUACAUUCACGUCAUCCCAGUCACAAUCUAAGUCCAAGUUCAAGUCCCCAACGGCCCUCCCAAUGAAACAAGCCACCAUAGCCUCAGACGGCAGUAUCAUAUCUGCGUUAAUAGCCGAGCGAACCACAAGUUCCGUACCCGUGUCCAUGGCCGGGGAUGGAGCCGGAGCUAGAGCCGGAUCUCGGAAACGCAAGGCAUCAGCACUAGAUGAAUUUGUGGGGCGAUAUGGUACAAGUCGAUAUGUGCCAUAUAGAAGCUUGGAUGGUCUACAACCUGUCAAUGCGCUUCGAAUUCAAGAGGAAGACUUUUCUCUGCGAAGACCUUCCUUUGCGGCUUGUAUUGUUGAUUUCAGGAUUCCUGAGCUUGGGAUGAGGGAUGGGGGGUGGGAAUGA